AUGAGAUAUGCAUAAAAUAGUUCAAGUGAAUUCGUUUUAGGAAUAGCAUUUUUGGUGUUGGGCAUGAUUUACACAACGAUAUUCUUUUUUGGUGUAAUCAGAUAUUGUAAAAUGGGUAAGAGAACAAAAUACUUGGGAAAGCAUUUUUACUUAUCCAUCGUAUUGUCUUGUUUGGCAUACAUGUUGAAUAUGGCUUUGUACUUAUAUGAUGUACAUUUACUUAUGUAAAAUAGGUUUUUAAAUCACAACCUACGGAUGAGUAUAUUGUGAGUAUUGAAAAGUAGCUGUUAAAUACAAUAUAUGUUCCUGAUGGAUUAUUUUGGAUAGUUUAUCAAUCAUUAUUUUGGACAGUGGUCUGUUUACACUAUGACUCGCAUUUACAUAUAGGAUAAUAGGAUGAACUUCCAUAUAACCCAAAUAUGUUAAUUCAUGCUAUGAAAGACAUUUGUUUGGUAUAUGGAAUAGCUCAAUUAAUUGUUGUGUUAUUAUAUAACUUUGAUUAAAUUAAAAGUGGAGUAUUAUUUUACAUCAACAUCGUUAUCAAUCUAUCGAUUCCAGUCUAAUUCAUAAUAACCUCUCUAUAUCUACAAUAUAAAUAUUCAGGAUCUCCAUUCAAAUCGUCAAAAUAGGAAAACAAUUCAAAUAGAUUGUAAAAGUUAAUAUUUUAUUGGACAAUCCUCAGAGUCUUUCAAAUAAUUAGCAAUAUUUUAUUGAUGGAAAAUCAGGAAAGAAUAGAGAAGUUCUUUUCAUCACAAUUAAGCCAAAACUAACUGUUAUUGUAUAUUUCACUACUCAUUAUUGAUCUAUUAUUGACCAACAUAUUUCCAUUUAUCUUGGCUCUAAGACAGUAAACUUUUUCGAUAUUUUUGGGUAACAAAAAUACUACGAUGAGUACAGUAUCAGAUCACCCAAUACAUUAGCAAUUACUAAAUGAUAAUAAGAGCUCAGUAAUGGAAAGGAGAUAGAUUCAAUUCAAUUACAAUGAAAUAAUGCGAUAGAAUGUGAAUUAAUAAUAAGCAAAACGAUAAAAACCAAAUGGAUUCGGAUAUAUUAUUGUCUGUCAAAUAUAAUAAAAAAGUUAUGGAAUGAGAGUGAUUGAAUUCAAAUAACUGUAACCUUAUUUGGUUGAAUAGAUAAAGUAAGAAAUCGAACAAGUGAAUUAAUUAAAUCAUUAACAACUUUAUCACAUUCGUGGAUUCAAUAUAGUAGAUAACAAGGUAGUAUAUCUAACCAAGUUUUAUUAAUAUUCAUUACACAGUUAUCUACUCUAAUAUUAGAUUUCAAUUGAAGAAAAGAUUAAGAUCUUAAUUUAAUUGUUAAAUGGACUCAGUUAUAUGCACAAAUAGGGUCUAUGUCAUGGGAGUUUGACAACAGAAAAUGUGAUGGUUAAACCAAAUGGCCAUGUUAAAAUAAGUAAAUUUGAUAUGUUAUCUUUACUAGUUGAUUUCGGUCUAUUUGGAAUCAAGAAAUACCAAUCGCUAUUGCAGUUUUACACAAACAAAUCUGGAUUUACAGCUCCAGAAUUGGUUUAACAAAGAGGGUUGGUUGUGAGUGGAUCAUAGUAAGGAGACAUUUACAGUGUCGGAAUGAUUAUGUAUGAGAUGUUCGAAAAGAAAGUGCCUUUUGAAGGACUAUAACUACAAAAUAUUUAGGAUUGUCUUAACAAAGCAGUAAGGCCUAAGAUUGAGUCUCAAUCUUUGAUGGAUGAUAUCAUUAGAUGGUGCUGGCAACAGGAUAUAGAGAAGAGACCAUUGGUUGAUUAGUUAUUAAAUGUAAUUGAAAAAAUAUAAAUAAAAUGAGUGGUACAAUAGUUGUGGGGUCAAAUAUUUACGAGACUGAAUUCUUGGAUGAAAUCUUUAUCUAUUAUGGCAAUAAGACUAACAACACCCUUGUCUUUAAGGAUGGAUUGAUCAUUAGUCCAAAAAAAAUGGAAUUGCCAGAAUAUAAAAUGAAUAGAUCUGAACGAGGAGAAAUCAUCAUGGCCAUAAUUAAGGAAGCCAUGAAUCUGUUGGAAUACUCAAAGUUAUCAGAUAUGGGCAUAAUUAACAUGUUUGAAUUACAAUACAUAAAUCAAUUGAAAUCAUAUCCAUCCCUAAGAUUUUAAUUGAUGGAUAGAGAGCAGCCAUCAGUGUUGAUGGAUGUCCGUAAAUCCUAUUUUACUAUGCAUAAUUGUAACUAAAUAAUUAAGACUUUGAAUACAGAUCCCUCCACAUAUUUUAAGAAUAAAUUUGUGUUAUUGAGGUACCCUGAAAAAAAAAUGAUUGUUCAAAUUAAAUCAGUUGUGUUUGAUUAAGAGUUCACAUACAAGGGUUUAUCUUUGGAAGACUACUUUAAAUAGAAAUAUUAAUUAAGGAGCAAAUCAAGUGUCUAUUUAGAAACAUACAACACUCAGAACAUUAAGAAAUAAUUCUUAAUAGCAGAAUUUUGUGAAUUGAAAAUAGAGUAUAUUGAGUAAGAUGUCACUGUGUAUUGUCAACAGCUGGAAUAUUGGAAUAAAAUUAUUAACAAUAGUUCAUCAUUUAUUUAAUUCUUAAAUUAGUAUAAAUUCAUCAUCAGAAAUGAGUAAGUUGAAUUCAAGUAAUAAUACUUAGAACCUGGCAAUUUAGCAUUAAACAAUUAAACUAAAUCUCUAUUUUAAAUUGUAGCAUCCAGAACAUCAAGUGAAUUUGAAUACUACUACACUGAUUUCUUUCUUAAAAAUCCCACUACCUUUACAACCUCUCUGACCAUCAAUAAAUUGAUGAUUUUAGUAACUAGAGAAAUCAUUGAACUUAGAGACAACUUUAAAUCAUUUUUAGAAAAAUUUGAUUCAUUUAUCAAAUCCAGAUAAUACAAAAUAACAUAACCAUAAAUUUAUGAUAUAAAUAAUAAUUUGAAUGAAAUCCUGGAAAAAUAUGUCACUGAAGAUGCCUACGUACUUUUUGUUGGAGAUUAAAAUACAGAUUUCAUUUAAGCAAGAAAUACCUUGUUAUCUAAGGCCAUCCCUAAUUAGAUAAUUAUCCUUCCCAUAUAAGAUCAAGAAAUCAAUAGAUUAUUAGCCAUGAUGACUGCCAAUCUUGGUAGUGUGCCUUGGGCUAUUAAAGAAAUUAAUGGAUUGAUUACUAAUAAAAAGAGUGCUGUCUUAGGUAUCUGGAAAAGCGAGAAUUCUUAUUCUGCAUGUCUCAGCAUCAAUAAAUAUCUCAACAAGUAUAUAUCCUCGUUUGGAGAUUUAGAUUAAGUUCUUACCCUUCUUUUAGCAACUUAUUAUGCCACCCAUAAAAUAUUGGCUAAUUAAAUCAUUGUAUUUGCUGAAGAUGAUUACACACAGAUUAUGGAACAACGAAUUCAAGGAGUCAUUUAGUUGAUAAGAGAUCAAGGAUUGGCAUAACAAAUCUUAAAACCUGAAGUUAUAAUGGUUUAAGUAAAGGAUGCUACUGCAGAAAGAUACUUCACGUAUUUUGAAAGAAAUUUGUAAUAUAUUAUAUCUAUCAUAUUCUAGUGAAUCUUACUAUUGCAAAAACCCUUAAGUAGGUUGUAUAAUUCCAGUCAAUGAGAAGUAAGGGAGAUUUUCAUUCCAUUCUUAGAGAGGAGAACAAGGAUGUUUAUAAGCUUAAUAAUUGCACAUUAGUUCAGCUAACACAAAAGAAAUCGCUUAAUUAUACUAUCAUUUGAUUUUCUUAAAUUUCGAUUUGAGUUCCACCACUUAUUUACCUGCACCACUUCAUUACGCCAAAAAAUUGUCAAAACAUCAGAUUCAGAGUGAACAAUACAAAAAAGCAAUAGAAAAAGGAUUUUUGUUAUUUGUUUGAGUAUGAUUU